GGCGGGGCCGGAGCGGCGCGGCGCGAUGGAGCGGGUGCGGGCGCUGGGCCUGGGGCUGCUGCUGGGGGUCCUCGUUGGGGCGGCGAGCGGGCUCCAUUCCCUGCGCUACUUCGAUGUUUGGGUGUCAGAGCCCAGCCCGGGGGUACCCCAGUUCACGAUCGUGGGGUACGUGGACCAGAACCGCUUUAUGUACUAUGACAGUGACAUAGGGAAGGACGAGCCUCGGGCGCAGUGGAUGGCGGCCAACAUGGAUCAGCAGUUCUGGGACUCAGAGACCCGGAAGUCACAAUAUUGGCAACGGUUCUACCGCAUGGACUUCGACACCCUGCAGCGCCACUACAACCAGAGCGGGGGGACUCACACACUGCAGUGCAUGUACGGCUGUGACCUCCUGGAGGACGGUAGCACCAGGGGGUUUAGUCAGUGGGCCUACGACGGGAGGGACUUCAUUGCCUUCGACAUGAACACGAUGACGUUCACCGCAGCGGACGUGGGGGCACAAGUCACCAAGAGGAGGUGGGAGGAGGACGGGACUGUUGCUGUGCGGUUGAAGCACUACCUGGAGAAUGAAUGCAUCGAGUGGCUGAAGAAGUUUGUGAGCUACGGACGGGCCGUGCUGGAGAGGAAAGAGCCCCCCACGGUCCGAGUGUCGGGGAAGGAGGCCCAGGGGAUCCUGACCCUGCACUGCCGCGCUUACGGCUUCUACCCGCGGCCCAUCGCCGUCAGCUGGCUGAAGGACGGCGAGGUCAGGGACGCGGAGACCGAGUGGGGCAGCAUCGCGCCCAACAGCGACGGCACCUACUACACCUGGGCCUCUAUUGAGGCCCGCCCGGAGGACAAGGACAAGUACCGGUGCCGCGUGGAACACGCCAGCCUGCUGGAGCCCGGCCUCUUUGCGUGGGAGCCGGAGUCCAACCUGCUCACCAUCGUGCUGGCGGUGGCUCUUGCCAUCGGGGCUGUCGCCGCCGUCAUCGCUGGAUUCACCUUCUGGAAGUGGAAAUCAGAGAAGAAUAAGAAGGGCUACGACAAGGCGCCAAGCACGGACGGGGGCUCUGGCAGCGCGGCCUCAGGGAUGCCCAUCUGACCGCUUGAUGGGAGGCCGGCUGGUAUCUGCCUGCAGAGAGAUCUUGUUGCACUGCCCAAUCCGCUCCAGUUCAGACCAUCCCCCUCCACUGGGUCCUGUCUCCCACAAAGCUGGGUGCUGCCCCUCUGUAGGAUUUGUCACCAAAACAGCAUAGAUAAGACAGCAAUGGAUCUGAAGAGCGUUAGCACAGUGCCAAGGCCUUCUCUGUUUCUCAGAAGCCCCCACCAGUUAACGGGUGGGGGUUGAGCAAGAGGCUGAGAGUGGACGCAACAAGGCAGAUGACACAAACUAAUGCGAGAGAUUCCAGGCCAUUUCAUGUUGUACUUGAGGAUACAAAUGGAGAAGAGGAGAUUGAGGGGGACUGGCCAGCUUUUCUCAGGAACUAGCCGGUUAUCAGUGUCCCUGUGGUAGAGGAGGUGAGCUCUGAGGCCAUGCAGACAGGGCUGAGAAGAAGGUCUCCUGAUACAAGGCCACAUAAACGGGACUGAGAAGAAGGUCUCCUGCUCUGAGGCCACGCAGACGGGCGCCGAGAUGAGCAUCUUCUGGUUUGACGUCAGGCAAAUGCUCACUGCAACUAAACCAGGGACUUGACUCUGAACUGUAAUGCUUGCUCUUGUAGUGAAGGAGUCACAGUGGAAGUGGAGGUUGUCUUGGCCAAUAAAAGAAGCAGCAGCUCCUCCUGAGAGGGGGCAGAG